CGCUGCGCGUACCCCGGCGCGGCGCCCGCGCAUGCGCGGUAGGGAGCGGAGCCGGGUUGGAGUUUUGGCGGGAGCAAGGCAGCGCGCGGCUGGCGAAUAUUUUUCCUUGAGGGGCUCUUGAAGAAAUCCUGGUGAGGUCAUGGACGCUGAUGAUGACUUGGAUCUGUUGGCCUCCCUCCUGGAAGAAAGCGAGGCAACUGAGGAGGGCAAUUCUCCUGAGGAAGAAGAUGACCCAGAGGAGGAGGGGGGAGAACCAGAUGAAUAUGAUGAGCUCUUCGAUGCAGAAGAUGAUGCGUCCUACACUGAAGAAGUUGAUGCUGAGGACAGUGUGAUUGAUGAAGAGAAGGAGAACCUGGCUACACUGUUUGGAGAUGUGGAUGACCUGCUGGAAGAAGAAGAGGCAGAAAAAACUGUCCCCACUUCAGCUCCCAGUCAGGAAAAAGAGAAGACCAACCAAGAACUGCAAGCUGAGCUGAGAAAAUUGCAAGAGCAGAUGAAGACAUUACAGGAGCAGUUGCAGAAGGCUGCUAUUGGGCAGCAAUCCGGUCCAGGACCUGAGAAGGAAACCCCUGGUAAAUCUCCCUUUCCACCCUUAAAGGAAAGGAAAGUUUGGAAGCUGCAAGAAUCACCAUGUUUCUCGGCCCAGCUGGGCAAUCCUUUACCGCCAGCCAAGCGAGGAAUCCAGAAAUCAAAGGCAUCCUCAUCAGAGAACAAGACUCCUCCACCACGGCAAGUCCUCAGUCUGGCAUUCCAGCCUCUCAAGUCUGCCACAGGAAACACACCCAGUAAGGUGACCAGAGAGAAGACUCCUCAUAGGCCUGGAAGCUCCAGUGCAGCAGCUCAGCCAGUGUCUGUGGAAACCUUCUCAGGACUGAGAUUAAGAAAACCCCGGGUGUCUUCAGCUGAAAUGGACAGAAAAAUGGCUAACCGGAGGCUCAUCCGACUGUCCCAGCUGAAGAACAAACUUGCUGCAGAAAAUCUGGAGGAAAUAGACUGGGUAACAUUUGGAGUCAUAGUGAAGAAGAUCACUCCUCAGAGCGCAAAUAACGGCAGAACCUUCAGCAUCUGGCGGCUGAACGACCUCCAGGAUCUCAAUCACUGUGUCUCACUCUUCUUGUUUGGUGAUGUUCACAAAGAGCACUGGAAGACAGACCAAGGCACAGUCAUUGGGCUGCUCAAUGCUAAUCCUAUGAAACCUAAGGAAGGCUCAGAUGAGGUGUGCUUGUCUAUUGACCAUCCCCAGAAGAUCCUCCUCAUGGGUGAAGCUCUGGACAUGGGCACCUGCAAAGCCAGGAAGAAGAACGGUGAUCCUUGUGCACAGAUUGUGAACCUGAACGACUGUGAAUAUUGUCAGUAUCACAUACAAUCCCAGUACAAGAAGCUCAGCUCAAAGCGGGCAGAUCUGCAGUCUACCUUCUCUGGUGGCCGCAUUCCCAAAAAAGUUGGUCGGAAAAAUCCCAGUUUGAAGGAGAGACUGUGUCAGGAUGGGUUUUACUACGGAGGUGUCUCUUCAGCAGCAUAUGCAGCCUCAGUUGCAGCAGCUGCAGUGCCAAAAAGGAAGAUUCAAACCACUCUCUCCAAUCUGGUCGUGAGAGGAGUUGAUGCAAUUGUCCAGGAAACCAGGCAGAAAAUUGGUGCAGCAAAGAGACCCAUGCAAUGUUCUGAGGAAUUCAAGGAACUGCUGACACAGCCAACUUUCGGAGCACGAAACCUCUGCAAACACUGGACCAAAGCAGAUGCUGAAAAGAAGCAAGGGUCCAGUUUCCAGUCUGUGUCAGCUUCAGCAUUGCUCAAGCAACAGAAACAGAAAUUUCUGGAGGCCCGAAAAAAGCGAUCUGAAGAGAUUCAGAGACGGUUUCUCCAGAACACAAGUAAAGCCAGCAGCCCUGCUUUGCCGUCCUCCUCCAGACAGUCCUUGCUCCAUUCCCCAGUACCUGGGGCAGAGAUUCCCAAAGCUGCAAAAAUGUCAGCUCCUCAAAGGCCCAGGCUAGGCACAGGCUUCUCAGAAGGAGAAGAUAUCCUCUUCUUUGAUGGGUCUCCACCUCCAACACCAAAGCUAGACAGCUUGGCAGAAGCCAAAAAGCUGGCUGCGAUACACCGACUACGAGCAAAAGGCCAGAUUCUUGCUAAAACCGACCCGAACAGUGUCAAGAGGAAAAGAGCUGAUGAUGAUGUCCUAGAAAUUGUUGAAAGAGUCGAGAAAAAUGUUGCUGAGCCACAAGAGAUAGAUGAACUGGAGCCUGCCCAAAAGAAACAGUGUGAGCAGCUGGCCUAUCUGGAGUCAGAAGAGUUCCAGAAAAUCCUGAAUGCCAAGUCCAAGCACACAGAUGUCCUGAAAGAGGCUGAGGCUGAACUGCAGGAGCAAUACUUUCAGCCACUGGUGAAAAAGGAAGAAAUGGAAGAGAAGAUGAGGAGCAUUAAAGAAGUGAAAUGUCGAGUUGUGACCUGUAAAACAUGUAAUUACACCUAUUUCAAGGCUCUGGAGACGUGCGUGCAGGAUAACCACGACUACCACUGGCAUGAUGCCAUCAAGCGAUUUUUCAAAUGUCCUUGUGGAAACCGAGCUAUUUCCCUUGACAGGCUCCCAAAAAAGCCCUGCAGUACCUGUGGCCUCUUCAAGUGGGAGCGAGACGGGAUGCUAAAGGAGAAAAAAGGUCCGAAGAUUGGCGGAGAAACACUUUUGCCAAGAGGGGAGGAACAACCAAAAUUUCUCAAUAGUCUUAAGUGACCUGGAGUUGAUUUUUUUCACAACAUAAGGAUGGAUUUCUGUGUCUAAAACACACAUUUCUUUACUGGAAUGCCAAGAAGAUUCUGGUUUUAGGGAUGAAUGAGCCGGGGAGUCAACUCCUGAUGAGGAGGACAUCUACGAAGUCUCUACCAGGCCACUGCAUGGAAUACUCAGCUUUGAUCUUUUUAAAACUGGCUGUAUAAGGCUGCAUGUGAAACACACAUUCAUGCCUGCUCUUUCUUACUAACAAUUUGUUUACAAGAUUGAACCUAGAAAAGACAUCUAGAGAGGAAUUUGUACUAAGAAAUCCCUAGGGAUCCCACAGUUUGUGUUGAAUGGCUGCUAUAGAGUGGCUUCACCGGAAUUCUAAGUGACAAAUCAUCAUGAACUGAGGACUGUAGGCUCCAUAGGUACUUGUGAAGUUAAUACUGCUGUGCGUAAAUGCCAGCCUGUCAAGGGUUUUCAGCUGCUAGUUGAGAAGAGGUGUGAGAGGGUUGUAGCCACAGAGCGGUCUUCAUUGGUUCCAAAAUUACUCACUUUGAACCUUUAAGAACAGAUAUCAAACAGUUCUUGAGUUGUCCCCUCAGCUUAUGUGUUCAGUAACCCUUCAUGGCUUUGGCACAGCACACCAGCAGUGUUUACACUGCAAACUAGCAGGAUUUUUGAACACCCUUUCCCUAUCACCCAGCCCAUGCCAGGUUCCCAGCACCAUCCACACUACAACACCUUAAUGGCUACAAACCUGCAGCUCCCACUUUGAAAAGGACUUUAAUUAAUCCAGGACACUUAUGUGAGUGGCUUUAAAGAGCUGAGUGCUUACAUUUAAUAGUUUUUACCCUUUCUCUGGCAUUUUAAAUUUUCCUGAAAUCUUCCCCAGUUGUCACCAGGCCAGCUUGGGCUGCUGGCACAGCUGCUGGGGAACAGUAGCUGGCUCAGACCAAGCAGGACCAGGUCUCCAAGGGGCAGCUCCUGAGAAGGGCUGUCUUCAUACAGGUGGUUUUCUGAAAGCGCAUCUCUAUAGGGAUGCCUGUGGUGUCCAGGCAGCUUUUCCUGGACCCCAUCUUUCUGCUGCCCUUAGCUCAUGCCCAGCAGCAUCACAGGGUAUUUUUAAAUGCCUAAUACCACUAGUACCUCAGUGACUCAGUGAAACUGCCACCAGCAGUCUUGCAUGUCCCAGUGGCCUUGUCGAUACCUCUUGUUUGAUUGCACAGGGCCUAGAAGAGAAAUAAGGUACUUCAUUUGAAGCAACUGGACAGAUUUACCUCCAUAUUCUGCAGCCCUCAUCUACAGGUGCUUUUGCUGGGCAGCUGUGCUCAGCAUGUUACUGUCAUUUCAGCCUCAUAUCGAUACCGUUUGAUGGCUGGAGUGUCACCUGUGGGUGACUAAAUAUGUGUAACUGUGCCAUUGCUUGUCACUGUCUCCUCUUAAUUCCUCAUUCAGAAUAAAUACAGUGCGCAAUAAAACACA